ACGCGUAGCACUCAACACGAACAAACCUAGUCGUUUGGCAUCAACGUAUCUGUGGGAUACGACGUGUCGAGUACAUAUAUUCGUUCUAUUUUGUAAAGUAAAACAAAAUGCAUAGAGCACACACGGCCUUUAGUCUGGCGCUAUCGCCCAUGGCGCACAAAAACUUUGCCACAUGGCUGCUCAACAGCAAUAGCAGUAAAAAGCUGAUUAAGGCCAGCGCUGCUGCCGCUGUGCGCACCUAUAACUCAGCUGCCGCCGAACCCUUUGCCAAUGGCAGCACUGCAUCCUACGUGGAGGAGAUGUACAACGCCUGGCUGCGUGAUCCCGCCUCUGUCCACACAUCCUGGGAUGCCUACUUUCGGAGCAACUCGUACAUGAGCCCGCCCAAUUUGGCGCCCGUGCAGGCGAACACGUUGCCACUGACGGCCUUCAAUUUAGGUGGAGCUGCCAGCGCUGCGCCCGACUCCAAGACCAUUGACGACCAUCUGGCCGUGCAGGCCAUCAUUCGAAGCUAUCAGAUUCGAGGACAUAAUAUUGCUCACCUCGAUCCACUCGAAAUUAAUACACCAGAUUUGCCUGGCAACUCCUCGACGAAAACCAUUUACGCUAAUUUCAGUUUUGGCGAGCAAGAUAUGGAGCGUCGUUUUAAGUUGCCCAGCACCACUUUCAUUGGUGGCGAUGAGGCUUCCCUGCCACUCAAGGAAAUUCUGAAUCGUCUGGAGAAUGUAUACUGCAAUAAAAUAGGCGUUGAGUUCAUGUUCAUUAACUCGUUGGAGCAGUGCAAUUGGAUUCGCAAACGUUUCGAGACACCCGGCGUUCUAAACUUUUCGCCCGAGGAGAAGCGUUUAAUUUUGGCACGUUUGACACGUGCCACUGGCUUUGAGGCGUUCUUGGCCAAGAAAUACUCGUCGGAGAAGCGUUUCGGUCUGGAGGGUUGUGAGAUUAUGAUACCCGCCCUGAAGGAAAUCAUUGAUGUGUCCACCGACCUGGGCGUGGAGUCUGUCAUCAUGGGCAUGCCACAUCGUGGUCGCCUCAACACGCUGGCCAAUGUGUGCCGCAAGCCAUUGAAUCAAAUCUUUACCCAGUUUGCUGGCCUGGAGGCCGCAGAUGAUGGCUCUGGUGAUGUCAAGUACCAUUUGGGCACAUAUAUUGAGCGUUUGAAUCGCGUGACCAACAAGAACAUACGUCUGGCCGUUGUCGCCAAUCCCUCUCACUUGGAGGCCGUUGAUCCUGUUGUCCAGGGCAAGACACGUGCCGAGCAAUUCUAUCGCGGCGAUCAGGAGGGCAAGAAGGUGAUGUCCAUUCUGAUUCACGGCGAUGCCGCUUUCUGCGGCCAGGGUGUUGUCUACGAGACAAUGCACUUGUCGGAUCUGCCCGACUAUACGACUCACGGUACUAUUCAUGUGGUGGCCAACAAUCAAAUUGGCUUCACCACCGAUCCACGAUUCUCGCGCUCAUCGCCCUACUGCACGGAUGUGGCACGUGUCGUUAACGCACCCAUUUUCCACGUCAAUGCCGAUGAUCCGGAGGCUGUGAUGCAUGUGUGCAAAGUGGCUGCCGAGUGGCGUGCCACCUUCCACAAGGAUUGUGUUAUUGAUUUGGUUGGCUACCGUCGCAACGGCCACAACGAGAUCGAUGAGCCGAUGUUCACGCAACCGCUUAUGUACCAGAAGAUUCGCAAGCACAAGAACUGCUUGGAUCUCUAUGCAGAUAAACUGAUUGCCGAGGGCACCGUUACCGGCGAGGAGGUCAAAUCUGUGGCCGCCAAAUACGAGAACAUUUGCGAGGAGGCCUUCGCUCUGGCCAAGACCGAGACGCAUGUCAAGUACAAGGAUUGGUUGGACUCGCCCUGGUCUGGCUUCUUUGAGGGUAAGGACCCCUUGAAGGUGGCGCCCACCGGUGUCAAGGAGGAGACUCUGAUACACAUUGGCAAUCGUUUCUCGUCUCCACCACCCAAUGCCGCUGAAUUUGUCAUUCACAAGGGUCUGAUGCGCGUUUUGGCCGCUCGCAAGGCGAUGGUUGAUGAGAAGGUGGCCGAUUGGGCUUUGGGCGAGGCCAUGGCUUUUGGCUCACUGUUGAAGGAGGGCAUUCAUGUGCGCCUCUCUGGCCAGGAUGUGGAGCGCGGCACUUUCUCGCAUCGUCAUCAUGUGCUGCACCAUCAGCUGGUGGACAAGGCCACCUACAAUUCGCUGCAGCACAUGUAUCCGGAUCAGGCGCCCUACUCCGUAUCAAACAGCUCGUUGUCCGAAUACGCUGUGCUGGGCUUUGAGCAUGGUUACUCCAUGACCAAUCCGAAUGCUCUGGUGUUGUGGGAGGCGCAAUUUGGUGAUUUCAGCAACACGGCGCAGUCCAUCAUCGAUCAGUUCAUCUCCAGCGGUCAGUCGAAAUGGGUGCGCCAAUCCGGUCUGGUUAUGCUGCUGCCUCAUGGCAUGGAGGGCAUGGGCCCCGAACACUCGUCGUGCCGCGUCGAGCGUUUCCUGCAGAUGAGCUCCGAUGAUCCCGACUACUUCCCACCCGAGUCGGAUGAGUUUGCCAUCAGACAGCUGCACGACAUUAACUGGAUUGUGGCCAACUGCACGACACCAGCAAAUCUGUACCACAUCUUGCGUCGCCAGGUGGCCAUGCCCUUCCGCAAGCCCCUGAUCCUGUGCACGCCCAAAUCGCUGCUGCGUCACCCCGAGGCCAAGAGCCCCUUCAGUGAAAUGAGCGAGGGCAGCGAGUUCCAGCGCAUCAUACCCGAUCGUGGACCAGCUGCCGAUAAUGCCAGCAACGUCAAAAAGGUUGUCUUCUGCACGGGUCGCGUCUACUACGAUCUGACCAAGGCGCGUGCCGACAAGCAACUGCAGAGCGAUAUUGCCAUUGUGCGCGUGGAGCAGGUAUCGCCCUUCCCCUUCGAUCUGGUCAAGGAGCAAGCGAAUCUGUACAAGAACGCCGAGCUCGUGUGGGCACAGGAGGAGCACAAGAAUCAGGGCUGCUGGUCAUAUGUCCAGCCGCGUUUCCUCACUGCGCUGAACCAUAGCCGUGACAUCAGCCAAAGCGAUGAACAAUCCACCUUCUCCACUGAUAAUACUAAUAACGAAUCCGAUACCGAUUCCGAUUCUAACUCCGAACAAAAAUCGAAACCCUGGCUAAGUCGCAUGUUCACCUCCGAUAAAAGUGAUAGCGUCACAACUGCUACGGCCACUGGCGAGUUUAAUGCCGCCAAGCAUUUCGAUUUAAAGAACGUACGUCAAGAUUUCAAUAGGCCCGAGGGCAUUGCGGCAGCGCCGGGCGUGCGCAAGACAAAAACCGGACGUAAAAUUAGCUAUGUUGGACGCGCUUGUGGUGCCUCAACCGCCACCGGCUCAAAGGCCCAGCAUAUUCGGGAGCUGAAUGCGCUGCUGAAUGAUGCGAUUUCGACUUAAGGAUCCAACUGGACAGUUGGUGGCUAAAUGGUGGACCAGCUCGAGUUGAUUAUAAAGUGAAAACAACAACAAGAAGAAGAAUGAGAAGAAGAAUAUUAAUGAUGAAUAUAUAUUUUGUAAUAGAAAAGUAUGCAGACUCUUUGAUACGAUUUUUUUCUGACGAAAUUGUUAAGUGCAUUGUGUGAAAGUAAUGAAAUUUUAAAUAUUAGUUUAGUGAAAUUGAUGGAAAUGAGCAAAAACAACAACAACAAGAAGAACACACAGGAUGUUUAGUGUUUAGGAGUAAAAUACAGCAAAUAUAACAAAUGCAAAAAUCCACUCACAAAAAAAAGAAGAAUUCAAACUUUAGUAAAUGAUAAAAGGAUAAAACACACACACACACAUACAUAUGUUUAAAGAAGAGCAACAACAUUUUCAAAAUGAAUGUAAUUUUAUUUUACUCUUAUGAUUAAUAUUUAUUUUAUUGUAUUAUAUAUUAAUUAACUAUCUCAACAACUUAUGAAUUCAAAUCGUUGCAAAGUAAUAGCAAGAAAAAGCAGAAGGACAUCAUUUUGUGUUUUUGUUCGCCUUUGCUUAAGUUACACAAAUUUGUUUGAAUAAAAGAAAAGAACAUAUAUAUAUAUAUAUAUGUAUAUAUAUAUGUAUAUAUAUAUAUAUAAAUAUAUAAUAUGCGAACAUAAACAAGAAUAUAUAUAUAUAUUUAAAGAGUACUGUGCUUAAGUUGUCUAUCUACUAAAUCAAGGGGUGGAUCAACGAUUAUCAGGGAUGUUGCGACUAUUUUGCAUCGGUUAUUAUAAAGUUUAUCAGAAACAAAUGUAAUGGGAAGGCUUUAAGUAUUUGUACUGUCACAAUUUUUGAAUGUACUUAGAAUUAAACACAAUGCGAUUGAUAUAAUAUAUAUACUUUUUUGUUGGGUCAUAACCCAAAAUGAAUCCCGUGCACCACUUUGCAGCACUUGUGCUUUAAUUUAUAAUAUAUUUACCAAAUGAUAUAUGACAUGACAUAUUGCACCCUUUUCUCGCACCAAUAUAUGAUAUUGAACGUAGAGUGAUAAACGGAAAACGUUUUGCAAACAACGUUUCCAAGAAAAUUAAAAACUAUUUUACAAAAAAAAAUAAAAAAAAUGAAAGAAAAUCUUUAUACUAAUACGAUUCACAAACAAAUGAGAGAGUAUGAUGAGUAUGUGUGUGUCAAAACUUAACUUUUACUCUUUAAUCUUUUAAUAACUCUAAUCAAAACAACAAAAUACAUUAAAAACAAAACCCCAAACUAAAAUUUUGCACCAGCGACAAAAUUUGCUGAUUGUUAAAAAGUAAGUAGCAUGUUUACACAAAGAUUUACUAACUAACAAAAGUGGCGAGAGUUUAAAAGAUACGAGUAUGUAAAAAGCGGUCUAUGAAUAAAGUAUACAUACAAUUAAGCUUG